UGGAGCCGCGUCCGCUGCCAAACCUCGGCUCUGAUCCAGGGCACACACAGAUUCCAGUCUAUCACUAAGAAACACUUUAGAAGUCAGGAUUGAGCAGUCUGGAGCCGGGAGAGCAACAGAGAUGACAUCAACAGUGUUAGUAGACAUACAGGAGGAGGUGACCUGCCCCAUCUGCCUGGAGCUCCUGACAGAACCUCUGAGCAUAGACUGUGGCCACAGCUUUUGCCAAGCCUGCAUCACUGCAAACCACGAGGAAUCAGUGACUGACCAAGAAGGGAUGAGCAGCUGCCCUGUGUGCCAGAUCAGCUACCAGCCCACAAACCUCCGCCCUAAUCGGCACCUAGCCAACAUAGCUGAGAGACUCAGAGAGGUGGUGCUGAGCUCAGGGAAGCAACUCAUGGUGACUCUCUGUGCAAACCAUGGAGAAAAACUCCAGCUAUUCUGUAAAGAGGAUGGGAAGGUCAUUUGCUGGCUUUGUGAGCGGUCUCAAGAGCACCGUGGUCAUCAAACAUUCCUCAUGGAGGAGGUUGCCCAGGAGUAUCAGGAGAAGUUCCAGGAGUCUCUGAGGAAGCUGAAGCAAGAACAACAGGAAGCAGAGAAACUAAAUGCUGUUAUCAGAGAAAAGAGAGCAUCAUGGAAGAAUCAGCUAGGACCUGAGAAACUCAGAAUUCAGACAGAGUUUAAGAAACUGAGAAGUAUUCUGGACAAAGAGGAGCAGCGGCAGCUGAAAAAGUUGGAGGAUGAAGAGAGAAAGGGACUGAGCAUUAUAGAAAAGGCUGAGCAGGAUCUAGUUCUGCAGAGCAAGUCCCUGGAGCAACUGGUCUCUGAUUUGGAGCGUCGGUGUCAGGGGUCCACUAUGGAACUGCUGCAGGAUGUGAGUGAUAUCACAAAAAGGAGUGAGUUAUGGACCCUGAAGAAACCAGAAGCUCUCCCCACGAAGCUGAAGAGUGGAUUUCGAGCCCCAGAUCUGAAAAAGGUUUUGCGAGUGUUUAGAGAGUUGACAGAUGUUCAGAGCUACUGGGGUAAGUAG